AUGAACGCGAGUGUCGGCUCGACGGGAAGGAGUGGUGUUUGGUACGAAAGCACUGAAAGCAUGAUGGAGAGCCGUGGACUGAACGCGCCGCAUCUCAACCUCUCGACCUCGCAAAAUCGAGGAAACCUUUAUGAUGGCAGGGUGCUUGAUGCAGAGCCAAUGAAUAUGCCUGAUUUCAACAUGCGACAAGUUUUUAUCCCUCGAAAUAUGUCUUCGAAAGGACCAAGUGGAAUUGGCAUUCGUUUCUUGAAAGAAGGAAACGAAGUUGGUCCAUAUACAGUCACAUACGUGGACCCGCAGGGAACUGCAUUUCAAAGUCAGAAAGUGAAGGUUGGAGAUCUCAUCCAUCAGGUCGAUGGGAUUCUCGUCUACGAUCUUAUGCCAGAUGAAGUGACGUCAAGAAUCUUGGGGCCGCCCGGAUCAUUUGUAUCUUUGACGAUAUCAGACCCGCCUGUCAUUCUUCCCUCCGUCUCUCCUCGAGACAUACAGACAAGGCUUAUCCCAUCCGAGCCCAAGUCGCAAGCUCCCUUGCUAGAUGUUGCGCUUUCACGUUGCCACAAAGAUGGAUGCUUCACUCCAAAAGUUGAGACGUUCCAAGCUUGGUACGAGGUCAAGCUGCUGGAAGCCUUCUACACUUGGAAUGGUGCAGCAUACAGGAUUGAAGAAAUGACAUGGCACACACCAAGUGAGCAUCAGAUCGACGGCAAGAGCUAUCCAGCUGAGCUGCAGCUGCUCUACAAGACUCUGGAGGGCAGUUAUGCGAUGCUCAUCGUCCUUGUUGUUAGCGGGUCGUCAACUCCCUCCUUCAUUCGAGAUGCUAUUCCCAAGUUCCCAAAGACACAAGCGGAUGGCCAGCGGACCAUCAACUUUACCGCUCAGGAUGUGCUGACACAAGUUGGUCUUUCUGUGAAUUCAACACUUCAGACCUACUCCUACGUAGGUAGCUUGACGCGUCCACCCUGUUCAGAGGGAGUGCGGGUGUUUGUACUUCAGAGUACGAUAACUAUGAGGCAAGACGAUGUCGAUCUAAUCCGAUCCAUUACGGGGUCCACUAGCCGUACGUUGCAAGCUCUCAACAGCAGGAUUGUGUACAAAUCCAGCUAG